AUGUGUCACUCAUCAGCGUGUAGACAUUUUGCCGCACGAAAGAUAGCAUAUAAGAUUUUACAAAGCGGUUUUUAUUGGCCCACCAUCUUCAAGGAUGCACAUCGUUUCUAUACGGAGUGCUUACAAUGCCAGGCAGCAUUAAGCAUCUCCAAGCGAGAUGAAAUGUCAAUGAGGCCUAUCUUUAAAGUUGAGAUAUUUGAUUUAUGGGGGAUCGACUUUAUGGGACCUUUUCUAACUUCUGAUGGGAAACAGUAUAUUUUGAUAGCGGUUGAUUAUGUGUCUAAGUGGGUGGAGACUAUUCCCACUAGGACAAACACUCAUCGGGAAGUACUCAGGUUUGUAACGAUAAACAUCUUCUCCUGA